AUGAGGAAAAUAACGAAGCAAGAACAGUACCACGACCUCCUAAGUCCGACAGCUCCCAAAAUCUUUCGAAUGUUCGGAAUAGCUACACCUAAACGACCGCGCCCAGAGUCAGAAAGCGAGGAAGAAGGGCCAUACCGACCUCAUCGCCGUGGCAAAGGUGAAGUAUCAUUGGGCUCUCAGAGUGAUAGGGACGAGCUUAUUGCGGGAGUUGACGCGUCCGACCUGCCCAUUGCGGCAGAUAACCCAAAUGAGGCGCAGAAGAGAUAUCAGAAACUGGCUGCCAUUCGCGUUCUGGACUGGCAGAUAGACGGAGACGGCCAGCCUAUACGCAAACCACUGAGAGACAGCACGGCGUUGACCGCUGCAUUGAUCCAAACCCGCGGCACCGAGGCGGCUGAUCCGUGCAGCUUCUGCAAAGACAACAAAGGCACUUGGAGAAUGUGUGUCGUUGAGCCUAGCCCAGAUGAUAAUUCGAAGCUUGCCGGAGCAUGUGCAAAUUAUUCAUCGUUCACUUCCACAGAUUCCUUGACAGAUAUCACCAAUAGCAGCGUAGCGGAGGAAGUGCACAAAGACGAAGAACGAGCUGCCCCUAUCCAGGAGGACAUUCAGACGAAUGUUCAGGAACAUAUAAAGGAAUCUGACAGUCAGACCCCUGCUCCAAGGUCACGUCUCGAUGGCAAGGUUGUUCCGUUUCCUCUCGGACCGGAAACCAUCAACGACUUGCCUUUACUUAAGCAGGCGAUCAAAGACAUUGUUGCGCAUCUCAACAUACUUCAUAGGAGAGUGCAACAGCUGGAGGAGAAGCGUCAAUCGAUCAAUCCUUGGGAGUUAGUUUGA